AUCAGUUUGUCAACACAACGUACCGCAUUCGUCAGAUCCAAUUGUUGCUUGCGUUUUCGUACGAAGACUACAUCAAGAAGUAGAGGAUAGUAAACCUCUCAAACUGCGAAUAUAAAAGCUCCUGAAGUGGAAGAAUAACGAUGUGGUGGAUGUACAUUCUUGCUUUGGUUGCUUUUGGGUCCACGUUUGCGGAGAGUGAUUUCGGCAGACAGAAAUGCGAACCUGUAACAAUUCCGUUGUGUAAAGACGUCGGAACCCAGAUGGGGAAUGCGACCAUGUAUAACAUGACAACGUAUCCCAACUCACUUUCGCACCGGAAUCAAGAGGAAGCAGGUUUGGAGGUCCACAGUUUUUUUCCAUUGGUUAAAGUCGAAUGCUCGAAAUACCUUGGAUUGUUUCUCUGCAGUGUCUACGCGCCAGUUUGCUCGCGGACGUUGGUGCUACCAUGUAGAUCACUUUGCGAAGCAGCACGAAACGGUUGCAUUGGCAUAAUGAACAAAUUUGGAUUCGUUUGGCCUGAUUCACUAAAAUGCGAAAGAUUCCCAAAAGAAGGAGAGAAACUUUGCAUUCGUGCACCUAUAGCAAAAAAAGAGAAAAAUUGCACUGAAUGCAUUGGGAACUCUCCAGCAACAAUGAAACAACUUUGUCAAGAUCAUGACUUGGUUUUCAUCGGAAAAGUAAUGAACAUGCGUGGGUCCAAAAGAAUUAAAUUCCAAAUAAGAGAAGAAAUAAAGAAAGCAAAAAACCUUGGAAAGGCCAUGAAAAAGAGAUUGCGUCUCAAGAAAAUGACGGUUAAAGUUAACACCCCAAAAAACGUGUGCAAAAACUGUGGAGCUUUUCUGGACAAAAAAGAGUAUGUUGUUUUUGUCAACAUAAAGAAGGGGAAAAAGGCUAUCUACAGUCAACCUGGAUCUAUCUCAUAUACUGCUGGAAUGAAAGUCUGUUGAGCAGUGUCGAAGAUCCAUUUCAUUUGAACAGUUAAAAGCUUGUACUGAUGGAUAGGUUCUUAGACGAUUAAUGAUAAAUUACCCCUAGAGGUGGCCAUUUUUAAGCGUAUGAUAUUAAGAUCCAUCCCCAUGUAUUCAUGUAGCCUCGUGUUAUAGUUUAUAUUGAAUAUCACGUAAAUGCCGAUCAUGCUCCUGGCAGUUCUUUUAUGUUAUCCAAAGUAGCAUCUUUGAUGAAGAUCUUUUAUUAGAAUUUGAUAAAGAGAAACAGCAUUAUUAUUUUCUUUUUGUAUUUGAUUAAUGAAUAUUUUUGAUCAUUCAAAUUGUACCGCUGACCUGGCAGUUUAGACGCGUGCCCCGUUUUGCUCGAGACCACGACGCACGAUAAAUUACGGGCAUGUAGCUCUUACCCAAACCGUGGCAAAAAAUAUGCUCUCGAGCAAAUCUCCUUGUGAGGCAAAUCAAACCUGCCCUUAAAACAUUAUCUUUGAAUUAUUUAUGGGUUGGUGAGGAGCAGUAGCGUAGCGAGGGGGAGGCAAGAGGGGGAGGCAAGAGGGGGCUGAUGCUACCCCUCAAUGGGCGUUUUUUGGUGUUCCGAAGGGUGUUGACCCCCAUUAUUCCCUUGCUUUCAGCAGUAGUUCAAUGCUAUCAAAAUAACAAGAGGGCAAAAGUAGAAAUUGGCUAGUUUUCGGUUUUAACAACGGGGGCUUGAGCACUGCACCCCUUCGAAAAGAGAAUUCAUUCUAUUGAAAACGUUCGUGUAACAAAGUGCGUUUAAUACAGUAUACCUCUACGAUAUCUCACUAUCGGGUUUCGUAGAUGCAUAAGAUAAAUAUUUUCUUUUAAUUUUUAUACAGAGCAAAGAGAAAUAGUUUUUAUAAUGAGUAACUUUUGCUGGACGUUUGAUGAUAAAGAAUGUAUUUUUAAUAUUAUGAUGCUUAUGCAAGCUCG